AGGAACCCUGCAGCUCUCCUCACCGGCCUGCAGGAGGCGCACAUGAGCAGCUACCAGGAGGCGCUGGAGCAGGCCCGGAUGAGGAAGGCGGAGCUUGCAGCAGACCAGGCUGGUUCCUCCAGGGACUCAGGACUCGUCCAGGGGAAUCUGAGCCAAAACGAGAUCCAGAAACUUGUCCGGACCGUCAACGCUGCCGGGUUGGGAGAAAUCCUGGUCGGGAAGCGGACCAGGAGGCCAGUCGACCGGUUCACCAUCGAGGCUCCGAGGUCGAGGGCGGAGGUCAACGUGGCAGACGGCGGUGGAGAGAGGCUGGCUGAGAUUCCCUGGACCAGGUACCAGCUCUGCAGGAGGAACCCGGCGGAGCUGAGGCCCCUCCACUACGUCCUCUUCAACCUGCCUGGGAAGGCGAGAUCCAUCAAGCAGAACCUCCGGCGGUUCAACGGCUUCCUGUUCGCCGCCGACAGUCAGGAGUUCAUCCUGAAACGGGCCAAGCUGCUCAGGAGCUCUGUCCUCCCCAGCGCCACCCUGAGGGACAUCUGCUCCAUCCUGGCGCUGAGGAGAGGAGGAACCAAGGAGCAGCUUGUCCAGCGGAUCCUCCGCUUCCUGACUGAGCCCAGAGACAGCGGGAAGCGCCCUCCAGUGGCCAAUAGGAGGCGGUAGCCUACAGCAGGUGGAGGAGUUUAAGGUAAAAUCAGUCAGGAGGAUCCAAAAUGUUCUGCUCAGGACGGUUUCAACCCAAACUAGUGUUCAUGACAUGAAGUCAUUAAGUGGGAAAACAUGGACAUGGAGCAGCAUAAAAUCCUAAUAGAUCAACAACAAUUCAACCCUACAGAGGUGGGAAAUAAUGGAGAUACUAAUGGACACAGAAUAAACAUCUAGAAUGAAAAAUCUGGUAAGAUUUUGAUCAGAAAUCCUCCUGCAUGCUGGAGAAAAUGUACAAACCAUUAUCCUGUCGUCUGGGACUGACCAGUUAUGAAAGAUUAGUGGAAAGAGAUAAAUAAUGUCUUACAGGAUAUUUUCAAGCUGAAUGUUCCUUUGGAGAUCAAGAUGAUGGUUUUUUUUCAUAAUUCCUCAAGAAGCUUCAAAAAGAAACAAAUAUUUAAUGACUAUUUUAUUAACAGCAAGUAAGAAAAACAUUACAAGACAAUAGUUAUUACAAGAUUUUAGACGACUGGGUCAACAAAACAUUUAACAUUUAUAAAAUGGGAACAAUAACAGCCUCUAAUCACAAGGCAGAUUAUGGUAGAUUAUGUAAAACAUUUCAUUUUUAGAGACCAAACUUGAUUAAACUCCUAUGACAGCCAGACUUCAUCAUUAUUUUAUACUAUGUUUUUGUUGGGUGUAUUUUAUUUUUUGGUGGUUUGCUUUUUACAUUUCUAAAUAAAUGUUUUCUUUUCUUUGGUUUCUUCUUUCACUCUCUUUACUCCUUACUUUCUAAUCUUUUUCAGGGAAGUGAAGCUACAUCUUUGUUCUGACCGUUAUAAUGAAGAAGAAGAAGAAUGACUUUAUUCAUCCCAGCAGGGAAAUUAUUUUGCAGUUACAGCUGAGCCGGCGCCAUUUUUUGAAGGAGGACAUGCGG